AUGGUCUGCAACUUCCUCGUCGUUAUAACCAGUGUUUGGCGUAUCCUCUCCCGCUGGUUUUCCCGGGAAAAGAGCAGUGGUCCCGCCGAGGAGGUACAGACCGCUGAGGACCGUCAUGUCACCGUUUACAACUCUGGUGAAGAUUCGCUUGCAAUUUCACCCAGUAGCAGAGGCUCAAGGAGCACGAAUACCACCAAUAGUGACUCUGCGACCAGUUCCCAUCGCACGAAUACUACGACGAUGUCGGGGUUUUCGACGCUGACGGACAUUGCUACAUUUUCCCUCAGGUCGAUGGAGCUCGGUGCAGUCGGUAGUAGAUCUGACCCUCAUUCGAACGGGCGGCAGUCUGGACGCAGUGUGAUGGCAGGCUAG